AAAAAAAAAAAAAAAAGCAAAGCAAAGCAAAGCAAAGCAAAGCAAAGCAAAAAAAGGAAUCACUUUUAUAUUUUGCAGAGAUGUCAAGCGCUGGAACGAUAGUUGGGAUCGUCUUUGGUUCGCUGGCUGGGGUCGGAUUAUUGAUCUACUUUCUCUUUUUCCACAAAAAGGUUACAAAUCGACAGACCCAGAAACUGAUGGAUGCUACUAAUCUGAUCCAUGCUCAAGAGCCACAGGGAACGUUUUCAUCGGAAAGACGGCCAGAUGGGACAGUGGCACUCUCAGUUCGUCCGUUACCACCCACUCACAGCACCCAUACACUUGAGCCAUCACCCUCACCACCCCAGCAACAUCUCAAUCACUAUCCAUUACAACCAGUCCGGUCUCUUCAACCUCCGAUUCCAGACCCUGUUUCCUUACCAUAUAACCCAGCAUAUAACCCAGCAUAUAACCCAACAUCUCCAUCAUCCUCUUCUACAUCACCCAUUAUCCCUCCUAUUCCAAGUCCCCAUUCUACAGCAACAAUGGUAGUACCAUCAGCUCCUCCGCCUCCUCUGUUGGCCACUACGAACGUAACGCCUUCAAGUACAAGUGUGCCAUCAUUUCAGUCGGAUCUACAGAAACUUCAAUUUUCAAGCCAUCCUUGCCCAGGUUAUGUCACAACAUUGAGAGAUGAGGUCGAAGAGGUCAAGGGCAAUCUGGAUAAUGAUGACGAUGGUGAUGAUGAUGCUAAACGUUUAGCAAAUGAAGCAAAAGGAGAUUGCAUGAUUGAAAUUGUUCCCGAAUCCGGAUCUGCGCCCGAAGCUGAAUUAAGGUUCAACCAUCAACAUCAAUAUCAACAUCAGUAUCCACAGGAUGAUGACAAUACGAGUAAGGGUGUCUUAUCACUACCGGAACCACGGUUCGGAAAUGGGUCGACAAUGAUAUCAGCAGGGAUGUAUAGGCCUUACUCCAACCCAAACUUCAACUCCAGCUCCUACAAUAGCUCUGUCUCGCCAACAACAGCAAUAGAAACAGCGACAUCGAUUUCUACAAGUGUAGGCACGUUAGAAGGGAACGUAUUAAAAUCUCAGGAGCGUAGUCCACAUGAGAUUGCUAUUCCUAUCAACCACGUACCUGAGACAUCAUUGCAUUCCUCGUCUUCUCCGACUAAAGAUUCUCCCCCAAGAAAGUCAAGUCAAUACCCAGAGAUGAAUCCUAAUUUAAUGCCUCCAAGGAUUCAACAUAAUCCACAUGAACCGAUAAUAAUGUCUUCAUCUACUUCGUCUAUAUAAGGGAAAAAAAAAAAUAGUUUUUUUUAUUGUAUUGAUUCACAUGAUGGACCGAAAAGAAAAAAGGAAGCAAGUAACGGGAUUAAUUUAAUUUAAUUCGACC